AUCGUUACUUUGCCGGAUGUCUUGGCCGGCAGAUACCAUUUGAUUGAUGAGGACACGUAUUUUGUCGUAUCUAUCCAUGCAACUCUCCGCGGAGCCAUUUGCAGCUGAUGUACCAGCCCUGGCUAGCACGUUAAGGAUGACCAAGGAAAUCAGAGAGCAAAAGGUUGCAGGCCAGUGGGAAGAGGCACGCUCGAAGUCGUCAUGGGACUACUAUUUA